GGGUCAGGCAGUCGCGUUCAUCUUUUUUGGCUGCAUUGGUCUUGUCUGCUUCGUUCUGCAGGUGUUUUUCUUGUACCCGUGGGAGGAGAGCACUCCUCAGAACCACGGAGACACCAACGAAGAGUCCGCGCUUCCAGAACAGCAGUCGCCGAUUGAGGUUGCCACCCCUGGCAACCGUCAAGCCGCGUGA